GAGCGGGAAGUUCCCAGUUGUUGUCAGUGUUGGUGUUCUGGACGAGAGGAAAGACGCCCGGAGUCUCAGUCUCAGUCUCAGCAGCCGACUGACUGACCGACCGAGCGACCCAGAGUGUGUUUUUCUUGCGUCCAGGCGUCUGUUUGCGUCCAGCACUCCUCCAGGGUAAGUUUGUUCCAAGCCGGAAGUGCGGGAAGGUGUGCGGGAUGAAGGCGUUUCUGCUGUGCUUGGGGCUGUUUUGCUGCUUUGGCGGCUCUUUAGGAGACACACCAGCUAACUGCACUUAUGAGGAGCUUCUGGGAACCUGGAUCUUUCAGAUCUCUAAUGUGGGACAUGACAAAAGCAUCGACUGCUCCAAUCCUGGUCCGGCGGUGAAGUCAGUGACUGUGCAUUUACAGAAAUUAUCUCAGGCUGUUGAUGAUCUUGGAAAUACCGGCUUCUUCACCAUCAUCUACAACCAGGGCUUUGAGGUGGUGCUCAAUGACUACAAAUGGUUCGGCUUCUUCAAGUAUUCCCAGGAGGGCUCCGUGGUCAAGAGUUACUGUGAUCAGACGCUUCCUGGUUGGGUUCAUGACGUCCUGGGAAACAACUGGGCCUGUUUCACUGGGAAGAAAGUUCAACGUUUGGCUCCUAAAACUUACUUCAGCCCGGCACCUAACCCGUUCCUGCAGCUUUAUAAGCAUGACAUGAGCUUCGUGGAGCGCAUUAACUCCGUACAGAGCUCAUGGAAAGCUACAGCCUACAGAGAGCACGAGAUGUUCACCAUCCAAGAGUUAACACGCAGAGCCGGAGGGCACAAGUCCCGCUUCCCACAGCGUGUAAACUCCGCCCCCGUCACACCAGAGCUUCGCAAGAUGGCCGCCGGCCUGCCAGAGCAGUGGGACUGGAGGAAUGUGAAUGGAGUCAAUUUCGUCAGUCCAGUACGCAAUCAAGCGUCGUGUGGUAGCUGCUACUCGUUCGCGACGAUGGGGAUGCUGGAGUCAAGAAUCAGAGUCCAGACCAACAACACGCAGCAGCCGAUCUUCAGCCCUCAGCAGGUCGUGUCCUGCUCACAGUACUCCCAAGGUUGCGACGGCGGUUUCCCGUACCUGAUCGGUAAAUACGUGCAGGACUUCGGUAUCGUCGAGGAGACGCUCUUCCCUUACACUGGCAAAGAUUCUCCCUGCACCGUCUCGGCCGACAGUCCUCGCAAUUACGUCUCCGAAUACCACUACGUAGGCGGCUUCUACGGCGGCUGCAACGAGGCGGCCAUGAUGGCCGAGCUGGUGAGGGACGGCCCAAUGGGCGUGGCCUUCGAGGUUUACCCCGACUUCAUGCACUACAAACAGGGCAUCUACCAUCACACAGGCCUGCGUGACUCCAUCAACCCUUUCGAGCUGACCAAUCACGCAGUGCUGCUGGUGGGCUAUGGGCGGAGCCAGGAGACGGGCGAGAAGUACUGGAUCGUGAAGAACAGCUGGGGAACUGAGUGGGGCGAAGACGGCUACUUCCGCAUCCGGCGCGGGUCCGACGAGUGCGCUAUAGAGAGCAUCGCCGUGGCAGCCAAACCCAUCGCUCAGCUGUGAGGUCAUUUCCUGUUUGCUUUGGUGUCGAAGAGCAUCUGUGUGUCUGCCUUUGCUAUUGUGAUUCUCUAAGAAGACUGCCUACUCGAUUUUUUUUUUUUUUUUUUUUUUUUUUUUUUUUUUUUUAAAAAAGGGAAAUUUAAGGAAAGCUGCUGUCGCUCUAAAUGUGAUGAUCUGACAUGGCUGUGUCCCAAAUCCUUCCUUUGUUUACUAGUUAUGGUAUUCAGUGUGCUAUAUAGCAUAGGAAAUUACAACGGCCUCAAGUAUCAUGUGAUAAGAAGGCAUUUGGGAUUGUGGUCACGAGGUACAAACACGGUGACGUCAUCGAGAAGAUCAGCAGUUAUUUUAAAAUUCGCUCUCGGUUUAAUUAAUUCUAUAGUAAUUUAAUAACGAAAAUUGUUUAUAAAGCCUGUUGUUCGGUUCAUUUCACUGUGGUGCCUUCGAUAAUCAGGACGGAUCUGCUUUAUUGGAAAAAAGGGAUUGUUUUCCUCUCGCGCAUUAGCAAAAGCUCCUAGCAUGUACUCAUUGUUCAUGGCUCCGUCCCAAUCCCAUUUCCUCACUUCAGAUUAAUAACUGACCCUUGUUCCUCUAGCAGAUUUAAAUGAUGGUAAAAAAGGGAAGCAGUGUGUGUUUUUGGCCACUUUUCUCAGGUGUUGCAUACAAAUCGGUUGUUCAACACACACACACACACACCACACACACACAUCAGUAUUUCAGUUAAAUUAUCACUACCUUGCAGUUAAAAAUGUUCAGACGCUGAGAUUUGAUUUUUAAAUCUGAUCAAUUUUAUGCGAAUUUUUUGAUAUGUACAAUAAAGGCUGCUUUUUAAACAUUA